CUUUCGACAUCAUGGCGGCGCCGUGGUCAUGGGUCAGCUUGGACGGCAAGAGUGUGGCGGCCAUCUCAAGUCACAACCGCAUUGACAUUGUGGACACGCAAGACUUCUCCCUCCUCGGGCGCAUCGAAGGCAAUCUCAUGUCGUCAACGCCUUUCCAUGAGCAUGCGAUCGUCCGCACGAUCUGGAACUCCCGUCGGGUAUGCUUGCUUUCCCUUUCGUCGACCGCGCUACUGCUGCACACACCCGAUCGCGACAAGAAGCUUCCGUGCAGCAGCUUUACACUGCAAUGGCACCUGCCUCUCGACCCCGACACCGUGUCGGACGUGGCAUUUUCACGAUGCGGGCAGACGCUUCUCCUAGGCGGCCCCGGCGGCCUCGCGGUGUGGAACGCCACCUCUCCCACGGAUUUUGAAUUCUGGUGGCAAGACUCGACUCAUCCAUGCGACUUUGUCGUGUUUUCCCCGUGUCGAACGGUGUUUGCAUCCCACGCCACCCUCUCCACCGAAGUAUACGUGUUCCGGCACGCCGGUGUCGCCGGGAGCCUCCCUCACGCCCAAGUGCUUGGCCAUGACGAAGAAGUCGAGUAUAUCUCAUGGAAACCGACGCAUUACCAGCCGCAGACGAGCGACGAUCACGAUGGCACGCGGCCUUCGCAAUGGGACGAGCCGGCGUGCGUCCUCCUCACGCUCACGCGAUCCAAGACGAUCCGGAUCUGGACCGAGCAGCCGCCUCCCCCGUCCUCGUCUGGCGAUGGCGCGGGGGUCGUCAUGACGUGCAUCGUGUUCCUCCAACCGUCGCCCGGCAUGGACAUCGUGCACGCCCAGUGGAUCGUCCCUCGUGCGCAAAACAUCAGCCAGGAGUACUUUGGCCCGGCGGCGUCGGCGGCCGCCCUUCCGCGCGAACGGCUGCAAGACUGGCUUAGCGUCGUCGACUCCAAGGGCAUUUUGCACGUGUGGACCGUCGACGCGCUGCAUUUGCCGACGCAGAGCCAGCUGCUGCAAACCGGGUUCGUGUUCAAAGUGGACGGCGAAGACGACGAAAGCCUCGACGAUGUGUCGCUCGUGUCGUCAUAUCAGAUAGCCGGGUACGCUUCCCAAGGGUUCCUCUCCAGUGUGUCCAUCCUGCUCGAACGCACGGACCAGGUGCUGCUCAGCUACCAAGUGGCAUGGACGCCGAAUCAUCCACCGGUGCUCAAGGACAAGAGCUGGUACCGCGGCCACACGGCGCCCAUCGCCGCGCUCGCGACGCAUCCAUCGCUGCCCCUCGUUGUGUCGGUGAGCCAUCCCCGCGACGGCACGACGAGCGAGCUCAUCAUCUUCUGGCUGUCGCUGUCCAUGUUUACAAGCGAGUCACACUUUGUGCCGUCGUGCAUAUUGCAAGGCCCGCCCAUUUCGGCGGUGCAUUGGAUUCCGACGCGGCACUUCCAGGCGCGGCCGCUGCUGCUGAUUUCGUACGCCAGUGGGCGGUGGGAGAUCUACAGUCCGUUCGAGUCGCAGCUGUCGACGCUGCUCGAGUCGCCGCGCCUCCGCCACCAACUAUCAUCAUCUACCUCGCAUGCGAGAACUCGGAAUGAAACCAUGGUGUAUCCGUGGAUGUACCACGAGCACGCGCUGGGCGAGUCGGGCUUUGAGUACGAAGUGUCGUUGGUUCCCCACCCAGAGUUUGGGCUCGGGCUCACGUUUACGUUGCUCAACGACAAGAUUGUCGUCGCUGGCUUCACGACCGGAAAGACUAGUAGUAGCGGCGACAUCGACGCAUCAAACGCGGCGGGUGAUGCGGACGAGACAAGUUCAACCCGAGUUGAGCUCCCGGCGGCCGCGAGUCGGCAGAUCAGCCUCCACGACGAGUGUGUGUCUGUCAACACCGUGUCCAUGAAGGGCAAAAUGCCCGUGGACUUAAAAGCCGCCGUGGCCGCCGCCCCACCGCACACCUCCAUCACGAUGCGGUUCCGGACGCCAGGGUCGCGCCAUGGCUUUGACCAGUCGCCGUCGGUCACAGGGGAGCGCCACCACUGGUCCAUGUCGUCGCAGGAUGGCGAGUCCGACGACAGCAACCACAGCGGCCGCGACGACCUUGACGUCGACGAGCAUGGCGAUGACAAUGCUGCUGGGGACGAAGACGGCGGUGACGACGACGUGCGCAAGCAGUCGCACGGUCGGGGCAACACCCACAGCCGCCGCCGCACCGCCGUCCGCCACCGUCGGUUGACUCAAAACGUCGUGAGCGGGGGGUCGAUCUCCAAGUUUGGUGGGUGGUCGUCGCUCGGGCACGUCGUGCUGCCAACAGCCGCGUACGCCGACUUGGCCGUGGCGCCAUUGUACUCUGACGUGGGCAACUUUGUGUCGGACGCGGUCGUGUUUUUCGGGGUCACGGACGCCCGCGAGUUGCAUUGCUGGCUCGGGGUCGAGUCCCGCAAAGGCGAGUUUGAGUUUGUCCAGCUCAACAUCACGGCGCCGAGUAAACUCGUGGGCAUCACAACUGUGGGGACGGAGCGGGACUACCGCCAGCGGGCGUUCGAAGCGUCCGAGCCUGGUGGUGGAUCGACCGAUGCGACCCCCGUGUGGAAUGCGCUCCUGUUUGUCGGGGACGACGGCGGUCGCCUCCACCACUGGCGCUGCCGCGUGUCACAGUCGUCCCGGACCAUGGACAUGUCUUUGGUGCACUCGUCGUCGCCGCCGCCGCCGUCUUCAUCGUCGCCGUCCCCCGCUGCGUCGUUGCACCCGUCGGCGUUCUUUCGACGGGGCUACACUACGACCCCUUCACCAUCGAUCGAUGAUGCAAUCGGCGGACGUGGCGGGGUAUUCCACAUGGAACUCGACGACCCGAACCGGUUGGCCGUCGUGUACACGGACCAGCCGGAAUCUCUCUACAUUUGGGAAGGCGAGUCUGGCCUCGGGAUGCUCCGUCUCGAGGCGGUGGUCACCUCUGAAGGACGCGGGUCCAUCGUCGGCUUUUGCUGGUGCAGCGGCCACGUCGAGUUCCACGUCGAUCCGCUGGCCGUGCACUUUGCCACGAGCUUAGUCAUCUACUCGUACGAUCUGCACCAGCAGACAUGGGUGGCACAGAGUGAGCAGUCGGUGUUUUACCCGCUCUUCGACUGCACGCGCGACGCGUCGGCGUUGAUCCUGGCGGCAGGGUCUUCGUUUCCAGUGAGUACCGUGUCGUACCACGAAGUGCCCACGGUGCUGGGCAAGUGGGAUGUGCACCGACUCGCCGCCAACCAGACCGACUCGACGCGCCCGUCUGACCAAAAGCACUGUCCAGUGUGGCACCCGUACACGGUCCUCACGACGCUGUGCGGGAUGCCCGCUCGCGUCGGGCUCACCCACACAACACUGGCCGACUACCGCCCCGCGUACGACGUCCAACUGGCGUUCGGGGAAGCCGAACAGAUGCUCAAACUGCUCGCGCACGUGCUAGAGGACGACGCGUCGACCGACUUAAGUGCAGAAAACGGCGUGCUCGUCUACCUCCACGAGAACAAAACGUUUGGCCGGCGGGCGUCUAUGGGUCGCUUCGCCGCCAACACCCCCACCGCGGCGGCGACGUCGUCCUCAUCGUCCUCGUCGGGGCUAAGUCGGGCCGAAGACCUGUUUGCGCCGACACAGCCCACGUCGUCCAACAACAACAUGUCGAGUUCUGUAGAUCCGUCGCAGGAAUGCCUCACCGCACGGGAAGUGGACACACUCGUGACGGCGCUAGACGCGGUGCUUCGACGACACACGCAAAAGGUGGCGGUGCGCUACGAAGACCAGGAGCACCGCAACGCGUACGUGCUGUUCGACUCGUUUGAGCUCGAGCACGUGCUGGAGCUCAAGGGGCUGCUCCUGUUUGUGCAGAAAAUGCAGUCAUGCCUUCUCAACGGGUACGACAUGCCAGCGCAGCGCUACUUUGUCGCGUACCUCCUCACCACGUGCCUCCAAGAAGUGAUGCAAAAGACAGAAGACUACGUGGCCGUGUCCAAUGAACCCCUGGCGCGCUACGAAGACAGCUCGUCGGGGCUGUUUGUGCCUACCGUGGACUCGUACUUGCACGAGAUUCCGUCGUCCAGCGUGCUCUGGGCGCUGCACUCGCAGUCGCAGAACCUGCUCAUGGACCAGUGCAUCCACCCGCAAGCGCUCUGGGACGACCUUCGCCCCCUCUGGCCAGGUCUGUGGGUGCGCGACCCGACCAAACUGCGCUCGAUCAUGGAAAAGGUCGCAAAGUGCACGUUUACACGCACAAAGGACGCCAUGAGUGUCAGUUUGCUGUACAUUGCGUUGAAGAAACACACAAUUCUCGGGGCUCUGGCCAAAGUGUCCAAGGUCGACUCAAACAAGACGUUGGCCGACUUUCUCGCGCACGACUUUACCGACGAGCGAUGGAGCGUCGCGGCCAUUCGCAAUGCGUACUCGCUCUUGCGCAAGAAACAGUACGAGCUCGCGGCGGCCUUCUUCCUUCUGCCGACCCCCCCGCGGCUCCAAGAGUCGCUCCGGAUCAUCAUCGGGCGGCUGCACGACCCGAGCUUGGCCAUGGUCGUGGCGCGCCUCGUCGAGUUCGACCAGCUGCCGCCGACCCACGGCAGCCUGCUGGACGACUCAUCCGACAUCUUCCACGUCGGCACCCACACGAGUGAAAUUCUGCGCAACGACCUCGUGCCCCAGUUCCGCGACCAGCACAACCGGUGGCUCGAGAGCGCGGCGCUGUGGUGGCUGCAAGAGUAUGACCAAGCGGCGGCGGUGCUCCAGCCCACCAGUCAGCUCGUGGACGUGGUGGACCCGACGCUGCUCGAGUCGAUGCAGUCUUCGUCGUCGGCUACCCCCGAGUCCUUGUCGCUGGUCCUGCGCACCAAGAUGGCAAUGGACUUCCUCAUCAACCUCACGUCGCUGCCGCUCUACUUUCAGUUUACGUAUUGUGAAGUGCAAUUGCCGCUGCUCAAGUUUGCCUACGCCAAGCUCGUGCAACUGCACCCGACGCUCACCCAAGAGGAUGUGCUCACGACCAAGACGGACAUCGACCACGCGUACUCGUUUACAGCGUACGUGUGCAAACAUACGGGGCUCAGCGACACGGCCCUCCUUCAAAUGCUCCAAGCCCGCCACCUCUUGCAAGUACACGUGAAAAAGAACUUUUUGUACAUGCUCGAGACGCACCAAUCGGGUUCCGUGGGCCGAUCGCCGGGUACUAGCAGCAGCAGCAGCUCGAAACGAGCCAAAUUGCGCGCCAAGCUGAACUUUGGCGGGUCGUCCCCGCGAGCCAGCCAUGUCUUUGGCUCGCCCCGUGUCACUCGGAGCCUCGCGCGACGAACCAGUGUCACAUCGUCGCUGUCUCUGGACUUUACGACGACCCCUGGCGGUGCUGGCGGCGUUAACUCGGAGGCGGAAUGGGAGCAGUUGCUGCUGCCCGAGCAAGGCGACAAGCUGCUGCCGCCGCCACUCUCGACGACGGCGCUGUGGCCCAAGGCAGAGAUCGCCGACAUGGAGUGCCGCCGGUGGUCGUCGUCGGCGUUUGUGGGCAAGAUGAUUGGGAUGCGCGUGGCGCGGGAGAUGAUUUCGCACUUUCGUCUCCAGAUGGACCAGAUCAGCGACCACCGCGCGUUUCUCAAGGAACUGCUGGAUCCCCUCGCCGCGCAGUUCAAGGUGGACCGGCAGUACAUUUUAGAAGCGACGCUGAGCGUGCUGCAGCCCCACGCGCCGCUCCACUUGGUUGAGUGCUGUUUUGUCCUGUCCGAGCUCAACCGGACGCACGUGAUGCAAGAGUGGAUUCAGUGCGUGAGCCUGAGCAUGCUGCACGCGACGUCGCACUUCCCGACAGUCGAGUGGACCGACGACGUCCUCCGCGAGUGGAAGGUCCUCACCGCGCAGCUGCGGCACCUCCAGCUCCUCUGUGACGACCAAGUGCUCGAGUUCCCGUCGCCGAUUCGGCUGGCCAUGCAGUGGGCCAUGCAAUUGGGCUCGGUUGUGCUAUCGUGGUGCACCAACCACCCGGAAAAGCUCCACGAUGUUGUUCUCACAGACAUCCCGCCAGUGUUGGAUGAGUUUAUUGUCGUGACGCCCGUCGACGCCGCCGCGACCGUCCAGCAUCCGUGCCAUGCUCUCAACUUUGGCUACACGUUCCUCGCCCAAGCGGCCCAUACGACCCACCUUCUCCGCGUCCGGCACUUGUACUCGACGAUCCUCAUGACGCAGAUCGUGAGGACGGUGUACUGCACGGACCAGAAGAUGCUGCUCACGUCUCCCCACGACUUCAACGACGUCACAGACAACGGAUGCAACGGCCUGUACAUGCCCAAGACACUCUGGCGUGCAUGGACGCGCCAUCCGUUGGCCGGGCUCAAGCGGUGGUACCUCGCCAUGGAAGCGCAUGUUCAGCUCGAGCUGCACCGGAUUGUGGCGGCCGAAGCACCGUGCGAGUGCGGGCACUAUGGCAUCGACCUGGCCGUGCGACCUCGACCGCCGCGAUUGGUUGCGGAGGACGUCGUCGCCGCCUCCUUCCCGACGGACGGCGCGGCGGUUUCCGACGAGGCGCUGUUGCUGUGGAUGCAGCACCCCGUGUCGGGCGUGCCCACAACGCUGCGGAGGUACAGAGUCGACCCCCGCGUGUUCAUCGCCUGCUUUACGCUCAAAGAUGCGUUCGUGUGGCUGCACGGCCACGGUUUGUGUGACAACCUCGACGAUACCCACGACUUGCUCGGGCGGUGGUGCCAAAGCCGAAAGGUGCGGUGGCUCGUACGACGGCGCAGCGCCAUCUCCACAAACCAGCCCCCUCCCGGCAACCCCGCGCCUUCGACUGCUACGUCCACUGCAUCCAAUGGCCACAACGGUCAUACCAAUGGAAAGGUUUCGAUCGAGCUCAUUCCAGACGAAGCUUUUUGCUUUGUCUCGCCUUGGGAAGUCGACGCCGAGCUCAACGUCCACGUGUACAUGCACGGGGAAACCACGUCUGCGACCACCACCCACCACAACGGACCAAGUCACACGGGCCCUUGUACUCAUGGCCCCGAUGCCCCCCACGACCCCCCCGCUUCUUCGUGCGAGACGACGUCGGGGGUCGAACUCGGCUGGGAGAGUCUGCUGCCCCUGACGUCCCACCUGUGCGACGACGCGGCCAAAGUCAUGUUCCCCAACUCUGACUUGAAAGCGUUGUGGCAGACCGUGUGCGGCGAGGGAUGGCUGGUCACGGCCGUCCAGCACUUUGACGCGGAUGGACUGUACAUGCGGCAGAGUCAGCAACACGACAGGUCCGCCACCCCCCGGUCCAGGUACCUCGCCAACUUGUUCAAGCAAGUGCAGCGGAACCGCCUAUUUCGAUACCUGGGGCUGCCACAUCGCCUCGUGGCGGUUAUCACAGUCGACCUGGUCGAGGGCAAGGACUUACUCGCUUGCGAUAUUCUCACCCGCACGGCGGACCCGUACGUGUUUAUGACGCUGUCGACCGCGUCCGGCACGAGGCCGCCUCCGCCGACGCCGUCGGGAUGGAGCAUCAACUCGUAUCGGAGUCGCCAUGUCGUUGCUACGCUCAAUCCCAAGUGGGGCACCGAGCACGACAAGUUUCCGUUCCGGAUGGCGUUGCCGGUGCACGAGCCCCACGACGAUGGCCCCCUUCCCCCAUCGUCGUCGUCGCCGUGGCGGGAGGCGCUGCUCCAGCACGCGUACGAUGGCCCGCCCACGGAGCUGCACUGCUCCGUGUACAACAAAUGCAAGCUGCGCGCACAUCCGUUUAUGGGUCGGGCUAAAGUGAACUUGACGCGGCUUACGGCGUCGCAGCCCAUGGACGUGUGGGUCACGCUAGAUGACGUGGCCACGGGCGCAUUGCAUGUCAAGAUCUCGCUCAAGUACCAGCUCAUGUCGUCGACUUCGUUUGAUCAAGACUUUGGCCGACGGGAGGUGGAGGCGGCAGCAGGAGACGAUGUGAGUUAGGUUCAUGGAAUACAGUUAACAUGAGCGAUGGACUGCGGGUGGGCUUGGCUACAUCAUGCACACAGACGACCGCGUCACUGAGG